ACACAGAGUGCCGAUUUAAUGGGGUUGUCUGAAUGGCGAGGCAGCACUUUCCGGUAAAGUCUACCCUCGAUACAAUAAUUUAGAGGUCACUUGGUAGAGGUAGAGGGUUGUACUACUUCCCUUGGAAAGGUACAGGGGUAUAAUAAUCACACUGGCUCUACGCCUACGGAGGAGCUAUACCUAAGGAGUUCACAACAGAAGGAGUGGCCUAACCGUGCGUGUGCUCAUUCAUCGUUUAACGGUGAAAAGUGGAGUGCCUCAAGGAUGGUUGUGCCUACCGAUCUAGGAGAUCUAGUGGCUGAAAAGAAGUUUCAUAUCAAUGGGAAUGAUCUAAAGGAAGGAACUACGUCUAUUAUUACAGAGAAAUAUGCUGUAAAACCUGCAACCUUUGAACGCAACCAGGCACCAAAUCCGAAACUCGAAGAGUUUUUCGAGGAAACGCCUCUCAUUGUUGCUGUAGUAACUUACAUAGGAUAUGGAAUAUUAGUUAUUUUUGGUUAUUUAAGAGAUUUUCUUCGUUAUCAUGGGUUGGAGAAGACCAAGAGUGCCAAAGAAAGAGGCAAUAAGGGUUUUGUUCCACUUUAUUCAGACUUUGAAAGUUUCUACACACGAAAUCUGUACAUGAGAAUUAGAGACUGUUGGAACAGACCAAUUGCCAGUGUUCCUGGAGCAGAGAUUGACUUGAUAGACAGAACUAGUGAUGAUUACAACUGGACAUUCAAGUACCCUGGCACAAAGACAAAAGCAAUCAAUGUAGGAUCAUAUAAUUACCUAGGUUUUGCAGAAUCUACAGGAACAUGUGCAGAAAAUGCAGAAAAUGCAAUACAUACUAAUGGAAUAGCACUUUGCAGCUCAAGACAUGAGUAUGGUGUUACUAGAAUGCACCAAGAGUUGGAGAAGACUGUGGCAAGAUUUUUGAGAAAGCCAGAUGCUAUAUGCUUUGGAAUGGGUUUUGCAACCAACUCAACCUGCAUACCUACAAUAAUUGGACCUGGUUGUGUAAUUAUUAGUGAUGAGUUGAAUCAUGCAUCGUUGGUUCUUGGUGCAAGACUGUCUGGUGCUAAAAUAAGAGUGUUCAGGCACAAUGAUAUGAAACAGUUAGAGGCUGUUUUGCGUGAUCUGAUUAUCCAAGGCCAGCCCAGAACACAUAGGCCAUGGAAAAAGAUUAUAAUUAUAGUUGAAGGUAUAUACAGCAUGGAAGGGUCAAUUGUAAAGCUACCAGAAGUUGUUGCUCUGAAAAAGAAGUAUAAGGCCUAUCUGUACUUGGAUGAAGCACAUAGUAUUGGAGCACUUGGCCACGGCGGAAGAGGGGUGGCUGAACAUUUUGGUGUGGAUACAAGAGACAUCGAUAUAAUGAUGGGAACAUUCACUAAAAGUUUUGGUGGAGCUGGAGGCUAUAUUGCUGCUGAUGCGGAAAUUAUCAAUCACAUCAGAGCAACGUCACACAGUGCUGCAUAUGCGUCGACCAUGGCACCCCCAGUCAUUCAGCAAGUUAUGACAUCAAUGAAGAUUAUUAUGGGAGAAGAUGGGACCAACGAAGGACAGCGGAGGCUGCAAAAAUUGCGGAGCAACUGCAGAUACUUUCGCAAAAAGGCCCAGGAAAUGGGAUUCAUUAUUUAUGGACAUGAUGACUCACCCGUUGUUCCAGUCCUCUUGUACAUGCCUGCAAAAAUUGCAGCAUUCAGUCGAGAGAUGCUUAAGCGAAAUGUUGCUGUGGUCGUCGUUGGUUUUCCUGCCACUCCUAUUAUCGAAUCUCGAUCGAGGUUUUGUCUUUCAGCUGGUCACACAUCUGAAAUGCUUGACAAGGUUCUGAUAGCCCUCGAUGAAGUCGGAGAUAUACUUCAGCUGAAGUACUCGGCCAUAAACCCGGCACGGCCUCUUUCCUUGGCAAACAGCAUUGAAGAUGAAGAAAAGAAAGAACAAUAGAGGGUUGAGCCGUGCUUUAAGACGGUGCUGUAUACAUAGAAUGUGCAGGUCUUGCUAUUAUAGUAGCUUUUUAAACGAAUUAUUCAUUUCAUUGAAACAUGGUAUGUUCUUUAUACAAUAUUUCAGCUAGUGACUGCCCACUCCUACGUAACAAGGCUUCUGUUUUCUAUUAAAUACUGGGAAAGCCUGAAAGAAUCGUGCCAUUUUGUAACGACUGAGACGUAGUUAAUAUUUUAAUACAUCUUGUUAAGAUGUUUUGUCUUUAGUGUAAGAAAUGAAAAUUGAACAUUUAGACAAAUAGAUUAAGCAGUCCUUUCUCAGUUUCUUAGAGGAGACACGCACAUCAUCAAUUCAUUUUCUACGCUGCUAUCUCCGUGCUUAACCCUUGUAUUACAAAAACCUAUGUAAUACUCAUGCAUUAUCUCCUUCCGAAAUCCUACUUCGAAACAUAUUUUCACCUUUAGCCAAAUACCAAACAUCAUUAAAAGUUCCAAUUUUUUCCAAUUUUUUCUUAUUUAGUCUUGUGAAUCUUCACUACUUAAGUCAUUUAUCGCUCAGUUUACUUAAAUACAUUCCUCGCAAUUGGUUUAUUCCAGACCCAGUAUUCUGUAUUGUUAAGUGUAAGACUUACCUGUUGCAUCUUGAGCCGUGCAAUACAUAACUUAGGACUAGCAUAUCAAUUAAUUUAGUGUGUUUACUAAUACUAGGGUAAAAAUAGUCUCUAUAAAUUGUUUAACCAAAUAUAUUAUAGUUCCUAGCUAUUUUUCAGCUGUUUCAUAUACGUAAGAGUGUUAUGUACCGUAUUUAUUCGAUUAUAAGCCGCCCUGGUUUAUUAGCCGCCCUGGUUUAUUAGCCGCCCUUGUUUUAUUAGCCGCCCUUAUUUAUUAGUCACCCUGGUUUAUUAGCCGCCCUGGUUUAUUAGCCGUCCUGGUUUAUUAGCCGCCCUUGUUUAUUAGCCGCUCUUAUUUAUUAGCCGCCCUCGAUUAUAAACCGCACCAACAAAACCAUGCAGAUUAAGGUGAAAGAUCAAAAGCCGAUAGAAACCUGAUAAAUACUUUUACAAAAAAUAGACAUUAGAAGUUAAGCCAGCAACAAUAUCGUCCAGAUUACAGAUCAUCAUCAUCGUCCAGAAGUAUUUCUUCCACAUCUUCUACAUUAUCACUUUAAAUUUUCAAGGUAGCAGGAGACUAGGCAGGAUCUUGAUGAAAUAAAGUAUGCCGCCCUUUUUUCAUUAUUCAUAUUAUUCAUGAUACUCCUUCAGUUACAGAUUUAGUAAAAAAUAAAUAGAGUUAGUUACAUAUGAAACAAAAACAAUAACAAACUUUAAACUGGUCUACCAGGAGGUCAUGCUAGGGAUCUCUUAUUUCUGUAUAGAAUUCACUUUAUUGGUGCAAAAGAUAGGUUUUCAUUUUGUGCUUAAAAAGGUUAGUAGAUUCCACAUUUCUUAUGUCAUUCAGGAUAUCAUUCCAGACCUUUGCGCCGACGUAGGAAAAACUUUUCUUUGAGAGUUCCAGCCGUAGUUCAGGUAUUUUUUAUACCGCUGCAAAUCGUGCCAAAAAACUAUUUUAACCCGCGGCUUAUAUUUGAAUAAAUACGGUAGAGCAUAUAUCCUGCACUUUGCUCAAAGGGAAUCAUUAUUAAAGCAUGAUGAUGAUAAAAUACUUCUCCAUCUAUCAAAGUGCUUUGCGGAAUGAUAAUUGUCUUCGGAAAUAACAUCCUCAAAUGGUUUCCUAUAUUUCGAAGCAAUUAUGUGCAACUGAAUCAAGUUUUUUUGACGCGUGUCGAUUCUCGUUAUUGGUUUAUUCCCAAUCGAUAGUUAUAUUAUUAUUGCAUCAUGGUAAGCCAUUUGCACAACGUUCCCAAAAGGAAAGUUAUAAUAACUAAGCAUCAGUGGAUUUUCUGUUGUUAUUGGGUCAAUCUAAAAGGGGCAAGAGAGUUUUAAAUUAUUUCUUCAAUAAAAACACAUUAAUAAUGCAGCUCAUGUUUUGGUUUUUGAUCUUGUUGGUGCUGUAUUUAGCUAAUUUAAUCUUAAUUGCAAUUAUAUUUUUACAAUGGUUAUUAUUAAUUAUGCCUUCAACAUUGAUACGAAGCCGUUUACGUUGCCGCUAAAUUAGCAGUCUUGGCAUUUGUUAGUUACUCCGCGAUUUGUGUAUCGUAUUUUGCACUGUAUUCUAUUGCUGUUUGUCAGUGUAUUUUUGUCAGUGAAGCUCUUAUAAACUGCUGUUUUCUUAAAGCUCAUGUCAGGACUAACCUAGUUUUCAUUAAGCUUAACCCCUCUGUAUGAAAGUUUUUCAUUCAAAAUCACAGUCGAA